AUGGACGUCGACGCAUCGGAGAGAGCGAGCGACGACGGGGAGAAGGAGAACGGUGGUCGGGAGCUCGUCGAAGGCUUUGUCGCGGAAGUUGCAACUCGCGGUGUGGCUUAUCUUGGUGGUGUGUGCUCUUCCUGGAACGCUGGGGUUGCUGAAGACAUACCACAAUCGUACAGUGGAGUCACAACUAUGGCUCACGAGAUCGCACAUUUAUUGGGCUCGGUACAUGACGGAGAGACUCCAGUGCCAAGCAUGACAGGGCAUCCUGGAGCGACAAGGUGUCCUCGUAGCGAGGGAUACCUCAUGGGCGACGAAUCUCCCACGAAGAACGUCUACAGGCUUUCGGACUGCACUAAAGAACAAAUUCAAUACCUGUUCAGGCUUCUACCGCUGAGCUGUAUUAACUUACGAAAGCAGGCGAAUGUCAAGAACAACAACUAUCCGGGUGAAGUUGUCGAUCUCACAAAUUUUUGCCGUGUGCUACACCCAGACGUAGCAAACGUCUGGCCUGAAGACAGGCCUGGCGAUGGCUAUAAAAAGUGCAUGGUUCACUGCUGCUGGGAAGACUAUUACGAAGAGGAUGAUUACACGCUUACGAAUUGUGAAGCGCAUAUGAUGCUGGAAGGAAUGCCUUGCGGCGACAAUAAGACAUGCAGGCGAGGAGUUUGUGGAGUACACAUAUGGAGUGAUGUGUACAAGACAUGGCGCACUUUUAACACAUCAUAACUUCUUUAUAGAGGAAGAGUUGAGGAACCAAGAAGGCCACAAAUUUGAUGAAGAUAAGCUUCGUUCAUCGGGGAUAUUGCGAUACAAAGAACGCCGUUGGAAGCUAAGCCUUACGACUAGCCUUGGCAGAAAAGCACACAUUUUAAGCGACUUUGAAGCAUCAGUUGUUUGUGCUAAGUUACAUUUUCACCUAAUCAAAACGCGACCAAAAAGAUGAGAUCGCAUCGGUUUACAGACCGCCUGCUCGGCGGGUCGUUCUGGUGGUUACAGAU